AUGGGAUCGCUUACGAGAGAAGAAAACCCAAGGUAUCGCUUUCGACUGAGGACACAUACAUCGUCCACCGCCAACCCAGCACCCACCGCAGACCUCCUCAAUCGUACCCACAACCACCACCGCGGCAACGUAGGGCCCACGAUCUCGACACCGGUCCCCGCAACAUCGCUGAGGGAACUUGAUAACAAGUGCGCCAAAGCCCGUGCCAGCAAGCCCAGCGCAAACCCCAUCGCGGUCGCCGAACACCGCCUGGAAGCCACCGAAACAAAGAAACACGCCAGGCAGCGAUGCCGCGGGAAGGACAUCAGUGGGGCGGAAAAGGGCCAGGAAGGUGGCUGCGGGAGUGUGGUCGCCGGUGCUUUGUGUAUGGCUCUCAUGGGUGCAGAGAAAGUGGAGCUGUUGGGUUGA